AUGCCGGCAUUUCCGGAAGACCCAAAGGAGGUUUUGACUAUUGAUUCUUCAGCGUUAAAAGACCACGAUCGCUGUGAUGGAACAAGCUCCAGCUCCGACGACGUCUUCCUUGAUGACACUGUGCAGCAGAACGCACCUGAAUGGCCUUCUAUCGAUGACAGCGUCGCAUCCAAGACAGAAAGCGACAGUGGUUCGUGGAUAUUUGAUACGAUGUCGGGUGCGUGGACGACGGUUCCGUUGACUCCACAAACGGCACAAGUUGCCCUUGACGCCGUUCGCUACCAGAAAAACUACGCUCAGCCUGUCACCACACGCUUGUGUUUGCACUACAUCAACAGUAUUCGAAUGCGAAUGAGUGGUGGUCUCGCAAGCUACUUGUUCUCGGCCGACGGUUGCCAGCUUUCCCAAGUUGAGUCUACAGGACGUUGUGAUAUUUACAACUGUCGGCCGUAUACGUACGAGGUGCAACUCACGCAAAAAGGGAUUGGAAGCACCAUGUUUAAUGUGCAAUCAAUCUACCAAACGGUCGACCAAAAGUCAAUAACCGAGCUGCGAGGAGACAGCAACUUAGACUUCUCCACAGUCUCGGAAAGAGACACAGGAACCAGAGUCGAUUCCGUCAUUAAACAAGCAGAUACUCCGCCUCAAAGCCAGCAACCGGUAGCAUGGCAAGAUAAAGACGGUAGUUUGAAGCAAGGAUCGAAUUUGUUCGAUGAUGAUGAACUGAUUGCGUGGACUAACGGCGCGAACAACGUCUUGGAUUCACAGUCCGCCACCGCUGAGCCGCUGUCGCUCCGAGCUGAGCCAGUCUUCAUGGAAAUGCAGAAAGCUCUUGCUGUUGGUACUGAGUCUGAAGAGGCUUCCAUAAUUGCAAUUGUCGGGAUCGUCGCAGUGGCGGUGGCUGCUGUUGCUUUCGUUAUCGCCAUCAUUGUAGUUCGUUGGCGUGCACAAAGCAAUACUAAUCAAGACGAAACGAACCGAGAGUAUUCACCCUUACGAAGUACCCUCAUUACUACCGAGAACACGCUCUCGGUGACUAGUAGGGACAGCAUCCCUGGUGCAGACACCAAACCGGACUUGAACAAAGUAGAGUUCUUCGGUUGA